AUGCGCCGCAAGGUCAUCAUGCACGUUGGGCCUACUAACAGUGGGAAGACCCACAUGGCUCUACGUGCGCUGGCGGCGGCGAAGACUGGUGUCUACUCUGGCCCGCUGCGACUACUCGCACAUGAAAUUUGGGAUCGGCUCAAUAAGGGUCAGAUCGUGCCCCUCGGGAUGGACCCUGACGCCGACUCUGAGCCAGACACAUCCACGAACAUGGAUAUAAUCGAAGAGUCAGUGUCCAGACCAACCGUGCGGAAAGAAGGGAAGGCAAAGUACGCACGAGAGUGCAACCUUCGCACUGGAGAGGAGUUUAGGAUCGUUUCUGAAUAUGCCAGUCUCGUGAGUUGCACGGUAGAGAUGACGUCUCUUAGUCUUCCGGUGGAAGUAGCAGUCGUGGACGAGAUCCAGAUGCUUGCUGACCCAGACCGUGGAUCCGCAUGGACCGCUGCUGUAUUGGGUCUGCCUGCCGAAGAACUCCAUCUAUGUGGCGAAGAAGUUGCGGUCCCAAUUGUCCAAGCGCUCCUAAACGACACAGAUGACGAGCUUUUCAUUAACCGCUACGAGCGUUUGACGCCUCUUACUGUUCAAGACGAAUCUUUGGAGGGAGAUUUCAGUAGAGUUCAAAAGGGCGACUGUCUUGUCGCUUUCUCGAGGAGCGGCAUAUUUGCGCUGAAGCGCAAAGUAGAAGAGAAUACAGGCUUGCGUUGUGCUGUUGCAUAUGGGCGACUUCCACCUGAGAUCCGUGCCGAACAGGCGGCGCUCUUCAAUAACCCCCGUAGUGGUUAUGAUGUGAUGAUCGGAAGUGAUGCCAUCGGCAUGGGACUUAAUCUCAAAAUCAAACGCAUCAUCUUCGAAACUUUGCACAAAUUCGACGGUACUGUCGAACGCGCUCUAUCAGUUUCCCAAAUUAAGCAAAUUGCUGGGCGUGCGGGACGCUAUGGUCUGCAUGGUGAACCUGGAGGUUUUGUCACGACUCUCCAUGCACAUGAUCUCCCAAUGCUUCGCUCUGCGAUUCUGCGCCAACCAGAUCCCAUCAUAUUUGCAGGCGUCUCUCCUACCUUGGCUUGGGCUGAGAGUGUUCUUCAAGCACUUCCCGUUGAUGCUUCGCAUCGAACGUUAUUAGAGGUGGCUCCAUAUGUCUCUAACGUUCGGCCCCCUUGCCGUGCCUUCGUUCCAUCCAAGGUUGAGGAAAGAUCUCGGUUCAUCGAAACCCACGCCAAACAUAUGAAGCUAUAUGACAGACUCCUCAUCGGCGGUUCACCAAUGAAUUGGCGAGAUCCCCUUGCGGUGGAAUUCACAGCUCGCCUAUGUCAAAUAUACAACGAGAAGAUCCGAGUCCCUAUCUUGCACGCCCUCCGAGUCGGCCCCUAUAUAGAAGCAUUGGAGAAUGUGGAAGGGAUGAUGUCCGGCGGCAAGUCUUCUGCUAGUGCACCAUCUCAGGGCCUCGUAGAUCUUGAGGGACUCCACAAAUCGCUCGUGCUCUAUCUGUGGCUCAGCUAUCGCCUCCCUGUGGCGUUCUAUCAGUCGGAGGAAGCCUACGCACUUAAGGAGCGCACAGAAAAGGCCCUUGAUUGGUGUCUGCGGAACGUGUCUACGAGGGUGGCAGACAGACGGUCUGCUAGUUUUGAGCUGAGGAUUCCUUCGGAGGCCGAGGAUGAUGUGGAAUAUCGCCGUAUCCCAGCCACCCGCCCUCAGGAUGAGAGUACCCGAGAGUUGGGGGUGAAGUAUGCAAAGUUGUUGAAUUCGGAAAGGCGAAGCGCUCGUGGUCAACGGUAG